UGAGUUCUAGCACUAGGACAAAAGUUUAAAAGAAUUCAUUUCCCAGGCUUAAUGCUUAUCCUUGCCUAAGCCAACCUCUGACUUGUCCUAAACCUUUUCCGUUUCAACCUGCAGUAUACCCACUGCACCUUUCUCACCAGGCCCCUAUACCUUCAGACUCCAUUCUUCCAAACUCAGUGGUGCACUUCUGAGGCUUUAAAUACAGUCUCUGCCCUUAGGUUUCCUCAUUCUUUCCUUAACAUUUCCAGUCCAUCUUUUCAUUUCCUUUAGCAUGCACUGGAUUUCCAUCUAGAUGUUAAGAGGAAAACAAUCUGGUGGAACUAAUUCACCUUAAUCUGUAAAUGACUCAUGAGCUAACUCUUCCCAAGGUUUUUCACAUUUUUUAUAAAUCUGUAAGAAGCUGCUGUUAACUUAGACAGUUUUAAAGUAAAAAUUUCAGGCUGUGUUGGGAGGAAGGAAUUUAUAGUCCUUUGCAUGAAAACUAAGUGAGAUUUUACUGGGAUUCUGCCCUUGUUAUCUCCUCAUUCCUGAAGGGUCUCUGUUCUUUCGAAUGCCACAGACUUCAUGGAAGUGUGUAUAUGCUGUGUGUGUGUGUGUGUGUGUGUGUGUGUGUGUGUAUUUCCUGCAUGAUGAAGAGAAGGAUUCAGGAGUAGUGAUUAUCAAUCCAUUUGAUAUUUGUGGAUAACUUAUAUUGCAUUUUAAUUUAUAGGAACAACGAAGGAAAAGACCUAGAAUCUUUGAUGACCUUUUAAAAUGCUGGUGUUGGGACUGGACUAACCCAUGAAGUAUAUUAUAGUCCUAACCACAUGUAGUUCCUGUAUCUGGAAAUAAUCCUUAGAUCUUUUGGGAAAGUAGCCAUGUUACGGAAAUCCAAAUAGCCUUAUAAGAAGGAAGUAUUGAGGAAGAGAGAAUGUAAAAGCUUUCAGGGAAAGUAGUAGCUAAAGUGAUAGAUUGGUCAUGAGAUACCAGCUCACAAAGACAGCAUCCCUUUGGGAGGCUGCUCGUCAUAAUCUGUCUCAGAUGUUGGGUUUCAUUCAGGAGCAGCCUUUAUAGAGUUGUUAUUUUAUUGAACACUUAGCUAGAAGUGGGGGAUAGAAGAUGAAUGAGACUGAGUUUCUGCCUUCAGGCAGCUUAAAACCUCUGUUCUGCAGAGCCUAGCCAGGUUUCUUCUUCAUCCCAUAGCUCCUUCUGUAUAACACUUAGCACUUAUCACCGUGUUUAAAUGUCUUGCUUCUUUGUCUUCCUUCACCCUCGUAACUCGUUCUCUAUGAAGGGUCGUUUGAAGAAAUGGGGAAAAAAUGAGAAAGCGUAGGGUUCAGAGAAGGGACAGGACACCAGGGGGUGUGGAAAAGACCAGCGGAGGUGGGCAGGAGAGAGUAUGCGGGGCACAGGGGCAGGGAAGUGGGAGGCACAUUCAAGGAGUGCCCGGUGUAUCUCUUUGGCGUAAGCACAGGGCUGUGUUUGGGACCAGAGAGAAGGCUGGAAAGGUACAGGUUUGGGUCUGGGAUGCCUCUCUGAGAAGUCUGGACUUCUUUCUCGUUGCAGUGGGGAAAUUUGCACAGAUGGGUACAGAGUCACACCUGUACUGUAGGAAGAUAAAGGUGGUAUUGCAGGGUGGGAUGUCUUGAAGGUAAGGAAGCUGUUUUCAGAGUGGAAGCAAGAAGCGGUGAAACUAGAAUUAGGUGCUCUUGAGGUAGAGAAAGAAGAAAAGGAUGGAUAUGUGGCUUAAGGAGAUGAAGAUUUGAGGAAGGAAGAAGAAGAAAGCACAAAGGUGAAAGCAUAGUGAUGCAACUGAAAAAGAGAAACGGGAAGGGUAGAGUUGGGAUUCUGGAAGGAGAGAAACAUGGACACUUGCUUUUGGACUUAAAAAAUUUGAGAUUUUGACAAUUUCCAGGUAGUAGUUCAAAUGCAAAAUUAUCAUUUUGCUGAUGUUCUCAAACUUGUCCAUUAUGAGGAUCAUUUUUGUAAAUUAAAAACAUUAUAGAUGUUCACUGAUAAUUUUACUUUCAGUAUUUGUUGAGAAUUGAUACACUGUAAGAACGGCUGCCAUGAAUUUGGUUACGCACUUAAAUGAGUUAAGAGGCAGGGAAGAGAGCAUAAUAUGCCCCUAACCAAGUCAGGUAGCGAGCGUUUCAAGGAGCUGUGGUGGGGCUGCAGAAAGGUUCGAGGGACGGGCGGGUGAUAACACGGUGGUUUCUCUGAGCUCCGACCGAGUCGGAGCCCAGGAAGGCGGACUGAAGCUCCUUGCAAGGGAGGGAGGCCGGGAAGACCCUCCGUCCCACACCACGCCCCCACGCCCUCACAGUCCCCCACAGCAUCCCAAGGGAGAUGUCUUGCUUCCCUCAGGCAUGUGGAGUGCUUCCUUGUGGUUCAGUGACAACAUAGGAGUUGACCAGUCGAGUUUUCUGGGCCAAACUCACCCCUUUUUCUCAUUGAGCAGGUUUGAAUCUGACAGAUGACUGAUCCUACCUGUAAGGAGGAGGCAGCUUUCUGUUUUGUUUUAUUGUUAAGGUUCUGGAGCAACUGUUACCAUUUAAAAUAGAUUAAUGAAUAACAAAUGACAACAAAUGGCCUUAAAUGAAUCCAUUGUUGUUUAAUUCCUCUUCCUCUGGAAUGGACCAGGCUGAACAGCGUUCCAGCUGGUGCCAGUGGCCCUCGCUGUGUGUAGGUAGCAGGCCUUUGGUGUGGAUUUUGAAUGCAGUAAAAAUUAGUAACUGGUUUCUCUUCACUGUGGAAUUCAUGAAAAGGUCAGACUCAGCAUGGUUGUUCCAGCAUCCUGAAAAGACCAGUUAACGGUCUUCAGCUGAGUAAAUUCACUGUGCUGUUAGCUACCUGUGUACAGUGUUGUUGGCAGGAUCUUUUCCUGUUUGCUUCAGCUUCAAGAGCUGCAGUUAGAAGCUCGCUCCUGAUUUAUUUGACCUUCAUGUUAAAGCAUGAAUAGAUACAGCAUUUGUGAAAACAGAAAAUCUCAUAAGAAUUUUCUUUUAAAUCAAAAUCGAGUUCAUGUAUGAGGUGGUGGGUGUUUGAAUGAUCAUAUCACAACAGGCAUUUGUAAGGAACUGAAACAUUCUCCCAAGGCAAAAGCUUAAGGAGGAAACUCCCCUCCCAGCAGUAGGUGUGGGCCUUCAGAAGCCUCCUGGGACCCUGAAGAGCUCUCGGAGUUAUCUUUCAUCUGGUAUCUUGACUUUGGGAAUGCACACGUGGUCCUAUCAGUCAUUACGGAGAUAGUGUAAUAACUAGUACUUUCUUCUUGCUUCUGCUUUUUUAUCCCCUUAGGAACUAGGGGUUUCUUUUCUUCCUUGGUAAAGAUGAGAAAGGAAAAGAUUUGAAAUUAAUUUUUUCCAAAAUUAUAGACAUUUUAGAAGAAUAAAACUUAAGUUUGGGGCUUUAGUUUUCCUUAAGUUUCUCUUUAAGUUUGACGUAUCUUUUGUUGCUAAUAAAAAGAUUCAAAAACUAUUCUUAACUGAUUUUCACACAUACUCUUUAGACGAAAGAGAUGUGAGAAAAUCUAAGAGGAGCAGCACAUAUGAUGAGAUAAUUGAUGACACCAUAAACCUUGCAGUUGCAUAGCUCUCUUCAGAAGAGAAGAUUGUGUGGGCACAUGGUAUAUAUGAGAUGGAUGACUUCUGCCUCUGAAACCAAUAAUACAUUAUAUGUUAAUUAAUUGAAUUUAAAUGAAAAAAGAUUGCUUGUGUGUGUGCGCACGCGCAUAUGUGUGGUUAUACCUGUAUAUGUAUUUUUUUUGUGUACUGGAGUUGAAAGUCUUUGAAGCUCUUGCAUUUGGUGUAUGAUGGGAAAGGAAGUUUAUUUUCUCCCUUAGACGCUUUCUACGAGUCCUUCUGUUUGGUAUAAUGCAAUCCAAUACAGAUUUAAACUUGUAUCCAUAGUUCCCAAGAGUUGUGUUUCUGUGGGUUAGUGUCCAGCUGGAUGAUAUACUCUCUCCUGGAGAGUCUACCUGGAGUGGGAGGACAAGUAGAUACUCCUCUGUGUGAUGUAGAAGAUGCAAGAGUGUUUUUAUCCAGAGGGGUCAAGUGGCCUGAACCUGAAGGUAGAUUUAAAGAAUCUGGAUGAUCACAGAACAAGUAGGAGUUCCUGGUGCCCAGAGUCUACACUAAAUAGGGAUCUUCUAUUGUAGUUCACCAAGUUUGCCAAACCAUGGGAGUCUCAACACAAUGACCUGGGAAAUUGUAAUUUUUUUCAAGAUUUUUUAAAAAAUUUAUUUGUUUGCGCAUGAGCACAAGCAGGGGAGCCACAGUCAGAGAGAGAAGGAAACUCCCUUUUGAGCAAGGAGCGUGAUAAGGGACUUUCCCAGGACCCUGGGAUCAUGUCCGAGUGGAAGGCAGAUUCUUAACCCACUGAGCCACCCAGGCAUCAGGGAAAUUAUCAGCGCUCCAAGUGAUGGUCCUGGGUGCUGUUAGAAAGCUGCUGCUCCCCAAUUGAAUCUUUUUUUUUUUUUUUUUUGUAUGCCUUGGGAAGUUAUCAAGUCACCUGGAAAUACCCUUAUAAAAUAAAGGACCAUAAAAUUUGAGGCGGUCACUGGCUAAUCAAAGCAGAUUGUGGGUGACACAGACAUUCCUGAAGAUGGGGUUUCUCAGAAGUCAGUCCUUAGGGUGUCAGGGAGAUAUAGUAUCCCUGAGUGGGAUGACUGAGACUAGAAUUUUGAUAGUAUUCUGAUCAUGGUAUAAAGAACAAGUCCCAGAUGUGGUGGCCUCCUGGCCUUCAGAGAUGUCCUAAUACUCUUCUGCUUACCUUAUCUCCUAGUUCACUGUUGCUCUGUACUAUUUUGAAUUGAGGCUGGACCUUCCAUUUCCCUCUGAUGCACAUACAUAUUCUUACAUAUUCUUAUGCUCUUCUGUAAUGUUCUCUAUAGAGGGCCACAAGGUCCUUUUUAAUCCUGAAGGUGCAAGUUGAUUAUAACAUGCUUAUUUGUUUCUCUUAAGUGGAAGUACUUGGCCAACUCCUCUUUGUAUGUGGGAGGUCUCCAGGCAACUGUGAAUAACUUUUAAAGGCUGCUAAGAGGUCAAGAAGUGCUUUGCUGGGUCUUGUUCUGUCUCUUUAAAAGCAGGCUUCUUGGUCUUGAUUGGGCCCCCAAAUUCUGUUUCUUCCUGGACUGUCUUGGGCUGUCUGCAGCUGCAUUAGAGGCUGUUCCAUCCUCUGUUCCAGCCUGUGUCUCUGACCCUUAUACACACCGAGAUCCAGGCUGCUACUUCGCACACAGGGCAGAGUUUUGAAACAUCCUACCUUACGCCAUCUUCAAGUGCUAGAUGUUUACAAGAGAAUCCAAUCAUCCUGAUUUUUCUGUACCCCAGUGCCUUCGCAGUUCUUAGACUCUCACAGAUGUAAUCCCGCGGUCAAUCUGUUACUCUUUUCUUCAUGGACUCAGCAAAAAAGUGUCAAAGAAUGGUAGCCAUUUCCUCUCCUUUAUCACUAGUACCUAAGUGCUCACCAAAUCUUGUCAUUUAUUUUGAAAUUUUCCUGCCUCUUUUCCUGGGUUCUUAAAUACACCACCUAUCUUCUGACCUCCAAUUCAUACUGAAAUCCAAUCCAUUGUGCUCAGCCUACCAGGCUAAUCUUACUCGUUUUUCUUUAUAAAGUGGGAAUCACUGUACCAGUCUGGCAGGGCUGCUACAAGGAUUACAGAUCUUCCUUGACUUACCAUUGGGGUUACAUGCCAGGAAAUCUGUCGAAAGUUGAAAAUUGCCAUGAGUUGCAUUUAAUGCAGCUAACUUACUGAAUAUCAGAGCUUAGCUUAGCCACCUUCAUUGUGCUCAGAACACUCCAGCUUACAGUUGGGCAAAAAUCACCUAACACAAGGCCCAUUUUAUAAUAAAGUGUUGAAUAGCUCAUGUAAUUUAUUGAAUACUGUUUUUGAAGGUGGAAAAAUAAUGGUUGGUGUGGGUACAGAAUAAUUGUAAGCAUAUCAGCUGUUGACCUCAUCAUUGUGUGGCUGACUGGGAGCUUUGGCUCGCUGUUGUUGACCAGCAUCAGGAGUGUCACUAGCCCAGGAAAAGAUCAGAACUCAAAGUGGCGUGGUUUCUACUCAGUGUAUACGGCUUUCCCACCAUCAUAAAGCUGAAAAAUCGUUGAGUCCAUCCACAGUAAUGGCCGCGGCCUUACCCAGGACGCUGGGGGAGUUGCAGCUGUACAGAAUAUUACAAAAAGCCAAUCUGCUCUCUUAUUUUGAUGCCUUUAUCCAACAAGGUGGUGACGAUGUCCAGCAGCUCUGUGAAGCGGGGGAGGAGGAGUUCCUGGAAAUCAUGGCCCUCGUGGGCAUGGCCAGCAAGCCCCUUCACGUCCGAAGGCUCCAGAAGGCGCUGAGAGACUGGGUGACGAACCCCGGCCUGUUCAACCAGCCGCUGACGUCGCUGCCCGUCAGCAGCAUCCCCAUCUACAAGCUGCCCGAGGGCUCGCCCGCCUGGCUGGGCGUGUCCUGCAGCAGCUACGACCGGGGCAGCAGCGCGCGCGAGCCGCACCUGAAGAUCCCCAAGUGCGCCGCGGCCACCUGCGUGCAGAGCUUGGCACAGGGCAAGGCCGACGCGGCGGGGAGCGUGGUGCUGCCGGGCCUCGGGGAGGCCAGACUCUGGCAGGGCCACCACGCCCCCGAGAGCGAGCACAGCCUCUCGCCCGCCGACCUGGGCUCGCCCGCGUCCCCCAGAGAGAGCAGCGAGGCGCUGGACGCGGCCGCCGCCCUCUCCGUGGCCGAGUGCGUGGAGCGGCUGGCGCCGUCGCUGCCCAGGAGCGACGCGGCCGACGUGCGGGAGCUGCUGAGGAGCAACAAGAAGCUGGCCAAGAUGGUCGGCCACAUCUUCGACAUGAGCGACGACGACCCGCGCAAGGAGGAGGAGAUCCGCAAGUACAGCGCCAUCUACGGCCGCUUCGACUCCAAGAGGAAGGACGGGAAGCACCUCACGCUGCACGAGCUCACUGUUAACGAAGCGGCUGCACAGCUCUGUGUAAAGGAUAAUGCGCUGCUGACGAGAAGAGAUGAACUGUUUGCUCUGGCCAGGCAGAUUUCUCGAGAAGUCACCUACAAAUAUACCUACAGAACCACUAAGUCAAAAUGUGGAGAAAGAGAUGAAUUAUCCCCGAAGAGAAUUAAAGUGGAGGAUGGAUUUCCAGAUUUCCAGGACUCUGUGCAAACGCUCUUCCAGCAGGCCAAAGCGAAGAGCGAAGAGCUUGCUGGCCUUGGUUCGCAGCAGCCUGAAAAGGUGAUGGCAAAGCAGAUGGAGUUCCUUUGCACCCCAGCUGGCUAUGAGAGACUGCAGCACGCCGAGCGGAGGCUUUCGGUGGGGCUCUACAGGCAGGCCUCCGAGGAGCACAGCCCGAACGGCGCGGCUUCUGACACCUCGGAUGGGCAAGGAGAAAGACCUUUGAAUCUUCGAAUGCCUAAUUUACAGAACAGACAACCCCAUCAUUUUGUGGUGGAUGGAGAGCUGAGUAGACUUUACUCCAGUGAGGCAAAGUCCCAAUCAGAGAGUCUUGGGAUUUUAAAAGACUACCCUCACUCAGCUUUUCCGUUAGAAAAGAAAGUCAUCAAAACAGAGCCUGAAGAUUCAAGAUAGCUGUGAUUCUCCCGCUGUUCUCUGGAAAUGGCAAUUUAAGGAUAAUGCUCCAUCAUAGAAAUAAGCCUUAAUAACCAACGUUGCCUCAUUCAGCUCAAACAGAUUUCAUAGCCAAAGCAUAAGGACUGAUACAUAGUCUGCGGAAACCAGGAAGAUAACACAGCAGCCACAAAGGAGGAAAUUGAGAGAAUGUUGCAGUCUGUAAUAGAAAUACUGAUCCAUUCACAUUCCUGUGUAAGUUGUUUUAUGUGGAAAAGCUUACAAAUUAAUAUUGUAAGCAUUCAUUAUUUAAGAAUGUACAAUGUAUUUGUGUAAUUUAUAGAAGUAAAAUCUAGAUGUGGAGACAUGUUUGGUCCAGUAAAUGUGGAUACAGUUUAUUUUACUUGAAAUUUCACUGUCUAUUUUAAGUGUGUUUAGCAUAAAUAUUCUUCUGUGUUAGAGUUUAGAAUCGUCGCAGUCAUAAAGAAAGUUUAAGCAGUGUAGUUAUUGGCGAGGUUGCAACGGUUUUGGACGAAUGGAAAGCAAAUGCUCAACUCAAACCAAGGAAAAUAUUGUGGAUUUAAUAUUUGAUAAAACCGACUUUGUUUAACAGGAAAUGUGUCAUUUUGGGAAGUAAAAUGUCACUUUUGCUGGCUCAGGCACACUUACGCAAUUAAUAAAUUCUAAAGUAAAGUUUAAAAGAUGA